CACACAGAGUGCUGAACAAGUUUAGUUAUCAAUAUAUAUUUACUAUCGUAAUAUUCAUUGAUAAAAAAAAACAAACAAAGUCCUGUUGCUGUUAUUGAUCUCACCUAAAGAUUCAAAAUUCAAACUUUUAAUGUUACAGUGUUCCCAAUAAAUCUUCCACAAUCAUCUAUGAAAACUAUGACGCAAUUUUCGGCAAAGUUAUCUUAAAAUCGUCAUCGCUGCUGUGAAUGUGUUUGAAGCUCUCCGUGAAGUAAUGACAAAACAGCUCGCUAGCAUGUGUCGCCGCUUUAGUCAUUCGUCUGCGUCCAAGCGGUAAACAACACAGCUUCCCGUUUACAGAUUCUCUGUACCGUUCUAGAAGUAUUUCAUAAUACCACCUAAUCACUUUACUUCGUAUAGACACCUACGACGAAACUGCGCAUCUCGAGCCUAAAUCAACUAUGACAGACGAAGAAUCAGCUGGCUCAUCUGAUACAAGUUGGUUUAGUUGGACAAGGUAUUCCUUCAACAUGCUACGUUCAAUCGAGAAGUCAAUUUUGUCGCAUUUGCGACGACCAUACCGAGGUAUGUUCGUCGACAUCGGCCCUUGCGUUGGAGAUCAAGAUAAAGUGUGGACGAUUACGAUGAACAACGAAGAAUCCAAACGAGUGCCCAUUCUGAUGCUGCACGGACUUGGCGCGGGUGUGGCGCUAUGGGUCCUCAAUCUGGACGAGCUAGCCCAGCAUCGUACGGUUUACGCGAUUGACAUUCUUGGCUUUGGACGAAGUUCGCGGCCGCGCUUCUCAGACGAUGCCAUGGUGGCCGAAAAACAGCUCGUCAAGUCAAUCGACGAAUGGCGAAAGGAGAUGGGUCUCAAGGAGAUGAUUCUGCUUGGCCAUUCGAUGGGUGGCUUCCUUGCGGCAAGCUAUGCUCUGUCCUAUCCCGAUCGCGUCAAGCACCUCAUCCUAGCCGACCCAUGGGGAUUUCCCGAGAAGCCCAAAGAUGUCGAACGGCCGAAGAAAAUCCCGAUGUGGGCUCGUGCAAUCGUAACUGCCUCCAAACCGCUCAACCCGCUGUGGAUCCUUCGGUUCUUUGGACCGCUGGGCUCGUGGCUGGUGGGGAAGACCAGGCCGGACAUCCUGAGAAAAUUUUCCGGCGUCGUCACAAACCCCGACGACAUACCAAACUACAUUCAUCAAUGCAACGCACAGAGUCCAACUGGUGAGAGCGCAUUCCACACCAUGAUGCAGGACUUUGGAUGGGCGAAGAACCCAAUGAUAAACCGAGUACAGGACAUGAAGAGCACGGUUCCCAUAACGUUUCUGUACGGAGCACGCUCGUGGGUGGACAACAGCCCAGGCGAAACGAUCAAGCAGCUGCGGCACCAAAGCUUCGUCAAAGUGCACUCGAUUCCCGGUGCCGGUCACCACGUGUACGCGGACGAUGCGGCCACCUUCAACCGGUUGAUAAACGAGGCGUGCGUGACCUGUGAUGCGGAGAAUCAAGCCGUGGCCGAAAUUAAACCGAAAUCGCCGGAAGCCAGUGCAGCUUAGGGUGCAUUGGAAGACUAGCUUAAGUUUUUAUAGUGCCUGUGAACAAGAAAUGGAAACACAAAGAUUAUUUGUAAGUAUUGGAAUAUGUAAAAUUUGAUCAAAUUCUCAGGUUUGACUAUUUAAAUAAAUUUAUUGAUAUUAAAUACUUCCCAGCUUUUGUAUUUUAUUGUUUCAUUUUGAAAUUUUACCAAAAUCAUAUUGUUUUGAUGAUUAUUUUUGCAUCC